AUGUCAUCGGGGACACUUUACAUCAGAGACUCGCGCACCAACGCGGAGUAUGAGAUUCCAGUCAGACGAAAUGCAGUCUCAGCGAUGGAUUUCAAGAAGAUAAAAGCCCCAGCAGCUGGCGCAGACCGAGCCGAUCAAGUCGCCGGUGGACUACGCGUGCACGACCCUGGUUUGCAGAAUACUGCCGUGGUGGAAACUGGGAUAAGUUUUUCCGAUCAUGAGAAAGGACUCCUUCUGUUUCGUGGGUAUACUUUGGAGCAGCUUUGGGGCAGCGAUUUCGAGGAUAUGCUGCAUCUUCUCGUCUGGGGGAGUUAUCCUACAGCCCUGCAGAAGAAGGAAUUGAGUUCAAAGCUCGCUGAGGAAAUGCUUAUGGUUCCCGAAAACAGCAAUAGCAAAGAGGUCGACCGCGCAAUCAUUCGAACCGUUGCAGCCUACGCCGUCGUCUUUGGGUUGGUAAAUUGUCAUCGCAAAGGGGCCCCGUUUGCAAAACCAUCUCGCGACAAGCCUUACCUUGAGAAUCUGUUCAAGAUGGUGGGCCUAGUAGAUCCAACCACUGGACGCCCAGAUUCAACAAAGCUAUCAUGUUUCCGACGCUUUGCCAUGCUGAACGCGGACCAUGGCAUGGCUCUAUCUGUAUUUUCAGCAUUGGUCACAGCGUCAUCUCUCACAGACCCUAUAUCGUGUCUCAUCACAGCGGUAGGAGCAGCAUUUGGCCCCCUUCAUUUCGGUGCUACCGAGUCAGCCCAGCUCGCGCUGCGGGAGAUUGGAACGCCAGACAAGGUUCCCAAGUUCAUCGAAGAAGUGAAGCAGGGCCGGCGAAGACUCUUCGGAUACGGACAUCGCUCGUACAAGGGGUUGGAUCCCAGAGUUGCUCCAAUUAGAACCAUUCUCGAGGACUUGGAUAUCUCCUCGAACAGUCUCCUGAAAGUCGCCGAACGGAUAGAGCAGGUUGCCUCGGCCGACGAUUAUUUCACGCACAGGGGACUCUACCCCAAUGCUGACUUCUAUGGGAAUUUCGUCUUCACAGGGAUAGGGUUUGAGCCGGAUAUGAUUCCUGCCGCCAUGGUGGCUCAGCGUAUCAUGGGGGUAAUGGCACACUGGCGGGAGUAUAUGCGGCAGCCAAACUUCUCUCAACCACCAGCCACUGAAUCGACACCCCUGCUUUCCUCUCAUCCUGGAUCACAGCGGUAUUCCAUCUUCACCAAUGGACAAAAACGCCUCAUCAUUCUUGCGGCUGCUCUUGCAUCGAGCUUCUCGCCUUUCUCGGCCAACAUCUACUAUCCCUCUCUCAAUUCCAUCGCGGCAGAUCUGCACGUCAGCAGUUCUCAGAUCAACUUGACCAUUACUACAUACAUGGUAUUCCUCCCAGUCCAUUGGGUUUCGCGUUCUUUGAAAUGUUCAGGAGAGCCCGAAAACUUACAGUUCACUGAUGAAGUGCAGAUAUGUCAAGGCCUCGCGCCCUCCUUCAUGGGCUCCUUCGCCGACCAGGCCGGCCGACGCCCAGCAUACAUCCUCUGCUUCGUCAUCUACAUCAUCGGCAACAUUGCCCUCGCGCUCCAACACAAUUAUCUCGCUCUUCUGAUCCUCCGUGCCGUACAGAGUUGCGGAAGCAGCGGGACUGUCGCACUCGCGUCUGCCGUCGCAGCGGACGUCAUCACAUCCGCCGAGCGAGGCAUGUACAUGGGUAUCACCUCGCUGGGCAAUAUCCUAGCUCCAUCCCUUGGCCCGAUUCUAGGCGGUCUUCUCAGUCAGUACCUGGGCUGGCAGGCCAUAUUCUGGUUUCUCGCUCUCGCCGCGAUAACCUUCUUCAUACCGUUGGUCAUCUUCUUUCCGGAGACUUGUCGCGCGAUUGUCGGGGACGGGUCAGUGCCAGCUACAGGAUGGAACCAAUCAGUCUGGAACCGGUGGCGCAAACGACAUGUUACCUCCAGCUGCGACUCCGAAGUUUCCCCAGACUCCUGCCGCGAUGCCCAUCCACAGCCCCAAAAAAGAAGAAUCACCUUCCCAAACCCCCUGUCCACACUGCGCCUCCUCUUCCAACUCCCAACAGGCCCCCUCGUGUUGGCCAACGGCAUCGUCUUCGCAAGCUACUACUCCGUCACCGCAGGGAUCCCAUCCCAAUUUAAAGCAAUCUACGGACUGAGCGAUCUAGGCAUCGGACUCAGCUUCAUCCCAGCGGGCCUAGGCUCCCUCGUCAGCGCAACCUUCAACGGCCUAAUCGUCGACUGGAACUACAUCCGUCUCCGUCGAAAAUCUGGAGAACCCGUCCCGAAGGACCAGAAGCAAGACCAUGGCGAGUUCCCUAUCGAGAGGGCACGGUUGCAGAUCGGGCUUCCCAUGACGGUCGCAGCGGCAAUUUCAGUGGCCUGGUACGGCGCACUGAUCGAAAGGGAACCGACGCUGAAUGUCUCGCUGGCCCUAGUGUUCCUCAUCUCGUUCUGCAUCACGGCCGCAUACAACGUGAUGAACGUCCUCAUCGUGGAUCUGUACUACACCACGCCUGCCACGGCCAUGGCGGCCAAUAACCUCGUGCGAUGUUUCCUGGGUGCGGCCGCAACGGCCAUCAUCCAUCCGAUGAUCCAGCGAUGGGGGAAUCAGACUACGUACUGGGCUGUAGCGGGGGCGAUGUUGAGUGUUAUUCCGUUACUGGGGUUGGUCUAUUGGAAAGGAUUGGGAUGGAGACGCAGCCGCUUCGCAGAGAUUGCGAUUGCUGGAUGA